AUGUCUGACCAGCCUUCUGCCUCUCCUCCCCCACAUCGCCGACGUUCCUCUAUUGUUGACCUCUUCAGCCCUCGCGGUGGGAACAAUACCAAUGCCGUGUCCUCGUCUCCUCCCUCAGGUUCAGCCUCAUCCUCGAAUGCUCCUCAACAUCGCCGAGGCAUGAGCAUAACCACCAUGGGUCUCGCGAGCUCUGCUCCUGGUCAAGCCUCACCCUACGAUGCGUUCGCAAGACAGCGGCGUGCAAGCAUUGCUGCUUCAUCCGCAUCCAGUUCUCCAGAUUUUAAGAACAGUUUCGGUGACGAUCCGGUGGUAGUCGAGGAUGAUGAGAACGUCAAAUCGCCAACGGGCAAUCAUUCAGGUUCCUUCGCGCGCAGAGUCAGCUUCGGCGCUCAGGCAAUGCGUGAUGUCAAACAAGGAAGUGGUCCUGGAAGCCCCGGUGCUGGUAGGCGCCCCUCCAGUUCCCUUUUCACUCUCAAUGAGAACAAUGAGAACAACCCUCCCCAGCAGCGAGUCUCGUCCGGCACGGCCAAGACUGGAGGUGAGGGCUUCAAUUGGUCUGAAUCCCUCAGAGACCGUACCAAACGCUCGCCCUCGUUCUCAUCCUCUGCCAAUCCUUUCGCAGCCAAUGCAAAUCGGGCUCGGGCUCCUAGCAGUAACGCUCCCGAGCCGCCCAAGGAGCUCCCGAAGGCGGCCGAACCCGUACCGGCCAGAAAGCGGAAACCAGAUCAUCUGGGCGAAAGAAUGCUGAGAGGCGACUUUAUGAUGGACUAA